AUGUUCUAAACAACCAGCAGUAUAAAUUCUUAGCAAUCUCCAAAUAGAUUUAAGUUCAAGUCUAAAGUUAGUUUUUUUAAUGACAAUAUGGUACCUGCCACCACAACUAAGAUUACAAUGCAAUACAAAGAAUUAUUAAGAAAUAUGUUGGCAUCAUUAUAAGAGAAAGCCUCAUUUGCUAAUCUGAGUGAGUUUGAUUCGUUGAAGUCAAAUCAGAUCGCAGUUUCAAUAUAGAGUUGUUAUAAUCCAAAGUUUAAGAGUACUGGUGUAGAUGAGACAAAAGAAGCAUUUUAUGAUCUUUUGGAUGAAAUAAAACAAACAAUCAAUAGAAAAUUUCCAUUCAUCAAGUUGUUUCGUUAAUAAAUCAAUCAUCCUGAUCAUUAUUUAUAGAUUCAACUUUUCUAACAAGAUGUUCAUACAGUAGUUUUGUAUUCCCGUCAAUUUUCAAAAGAAUAAAUCACACCUAAAUUGAUUGGAGAUUUGGUAUGGCUGCAUUUAAAGAAAUUUAAUUUAACAGUUAAUGUUGAUUGUCCAAUCAAACAUGUGGUUCCAGUUUGUGAAGAUGGAAUGCAAAAAAGCAUUUUGGAAGGACUUUAGGUGACUGUCCGUUAGAGAGAAGCACCUACUAUUUUGUAAUCAGCUUAAACUCCAACAAAGUAGAUUGUAAUAAGGACUUCAUUUUGUUAAUAAGCAAGUAGUGGUUAGAAGAGUGCGUCUAAAUUAGAUAUUUACAAAAGCACAGAAAAUAUUCGAGAUAUGGAAAAGUCAGUAAGAGUUUAUUUUUCACCUACAAAAUCUCAGGCAUGGAUGACUUAAACUAAUGUUUCAUAAAUUGAUCUGUCUGGUUAAAAACAGAAAGUUUAAUCACCAGAAAAGAAAUUCACUGUUAAAUUAUUUUCUCAGACAAUCCCAAUCACCUGUUUUGAAGAGGCUAAAUUUAUUGAUUUAGUUUAGUAAACAAAUUCAUAUGAAAUAGAAAUAAGUGGGAAUUGCAUACAAACUACUAAAUCAUAAUUAAAUGUAGAUGAAUUACUAGAUGAGAACACUGAUACUGUAUAUGUGUCUACAAGAGUGGAAAGAACAGAUCUUAUUAAAUGCAUUGUCAAAGCUCCUGAAGAUGCGACUAUUAAUAUUACUAAGAACAUUACUGAAACAUUAACCUAUGAUGCUAAUGAAUAGGCAUUUAUAUUUUAUGGAAGAGACAAGUAAGAAUAUGUUAUUGAUGUUUCAAAAAAGGAUUGCUUUUCUUAAAAGAGGACCAUCUUUUUAUAAGGAAAUACAGAUGUGAAAAUUGUAUUCGAUUUAGUAAGUUGUGUAGAAACUACCCUUUAAUUUAGAGUUUACAAUAUUCUACUAAAAAGUGGAUAACAUAAAGACAUUGAAAAUUGUAGAUUGGAAGUGUUCUAAUCAGAUUAAGCUGAUUAAGAACCUAUUAUUGGUAUAACAAAUGAAUAGGGAUUGUUUAAUUGUCCUGGAUUGAUGUUCAAGUAAGUUAGAGUCCAUGCUUAACGAAAAGGAUUCUUAUAAGUUUCCUAUGAUUUUGAUGUUUUAGCCAAUUCAACUGGUUAAAUACUUAAUAUCCCUAUGAUACCAGAUUAUUACAGUCUUAUUAAUCAAUAUCAUAUCCUAAUUUAUGUUCCAAAUAAAAAUAACUUCUAACUUGACUACUCAAUGAUAUGUCCAGAUGGUGUCAAAAUUGAUUCUAAGAAUAGAGCACAUAAUGUAGUGAAAUCUAAAUUAGAAAUUAAUAGAAUUAAUCAAUCAACUAUGUUAUGGAAUUUCUCAGUUCAUGUAUAAUCGCUAGAUCCCUUUUUGUCAGAUAAUUGUUACUAAUUUUUUAUUAAUAACCAAAAACCUAAACGAAAAUUGUUAUGUUAAGAACCUUUAUCACCAUAAUGCAAAGAGAACAAUGGCACUACAUCAAGCAAGGCUUCCUGUUUUAAGACUGUAAAUCUAAAUGACAUGUUCUUAAAAACGAGAGUUAUGCAGACUGAGAUCAAAACCUUUGUCAGACAAGAAAGCGAUGUUAUUGCAUAGAAGAUCAACAAUUUCUGUGCUGAAGAUUCUGUUAGAAUAUUUGUGACUUUUGGACACAAGGUUUUGGAAACCUUUAUGAUUCAAAGCAAUUUACUUAUGCAAAAUGAAAAAUGCUUUGGAGUCAUUGAUUUGGAUAAACGACUGUUUAUAAGAGAUAAUGACACUACUUAAUAAAAUAUUAAGAGAAAUCUAUCCAAAAUGCCAACUUUCAAAAAAGACAUGAAAAAUACAAAUGAGGAUCGCACCAUGACUACUAUUUUAUCCCAUAUUACCAAUCAAAGGUUUUAGGAAUGA